GAAAGGCAGAGGUGUUUGACCAAACUUGCUCUGCUGUGACUGGGAGUGAUUUCUGACUUCUCCAAACUUAUCUCCACUCUGCGUGAUAUGGCCAUCUCUGUCUCCCUUCAAUGCCUUGGCCUCGUUAUCCUCGCAGCUAUCCUCUUGCAGACCGUCGCGGUGGCCAUAAGCUUUCUGUACUUCAACAAAGUCCUGAACACGAUGCAGGAGAGUUUUUCGCUGAGCUGUCUGACCAAUUCAGACUUCCAGGAUUCAGGAGCCAAGGGCAGAAAAAGCAGCGACCCCUGUUGGAAGGUCAAGCAGCAGCUCCACCACCACAUCGAGAAGAAGAUUGCAGACAGAUUCCAAAGGGAGAUAUCCAGAAAUAAGUUGACGGGGGUGCUUCCUAUUUUGGGCCCCGGGGUCCGUGGGGUGCCUCUUCCGAAAGUUGCUGCACAUGUGACCGGUGUUGCUUCACUUCCAAAGUCUCCAGCAGCAGCAGAGAGCCCACGGAGGAGCAGGGGGUACUCCGGUGAACGCAUCAGAGCGUGGGAGGGCCAGAGAGGUCUGUCCUUCCUGCAGAACAUGGAGCUUAAAGGAGGGGAGCUGCUGGUACCAAGAGCAGGCCUGUACUAUAUUUAUGCCCAGACCUACUUCAGACUUCCUUCAGCUGGAGAGACGGAAGGAGAAGAAACGGAGGAUGAGGGAGCAGAACUUGUCCAGUACAUUUAUAAAAAGAUGAGUUCCUACACAGGACCCAUCCUGUUGAUGAAAUCUUCACGGAGUGUGUGCUGGCCCCGGGGCCAGGAGCAGGGCCUCUUCUCUCUCCAUCAAGCCGGUUCAGCCUUUCUGCAACCAGCUGACCGCCUUUUUGUCACUGUGAGCAACGCCAGCGCCAUGGAGAUGGACGGGAGGGCGAGCUACUUUGGAGCUUUUCUGGUGGACUAAAAGAGUAACAGAAGCUCUCUACAGAAACCGUAGCAGUCGCUAUGUGAAGACACAGGACUGGCAAAAAUGAAGAAUGUUAAAGGAAACUUCUUCUGAAGAGCUGCAGGGAUCUAAGCUGCUGAAGAGAACAGGACACACCGCCUCUUUAAAAAGUAGCAGAGAUGAGCUGUUUCAUGCAGCACGUUCAUUCCGGCAGGAACCUAUGAACACAGUUCAUGUGCAGCAAUGGCUGAAAACCAGAACAUGUGGAUUAUGUCUGAGAAGCACUAAAAUUGGGUUUCAACCAUUGGAAUUGGUUUCUAUUGAGCAACUGACCAAAUAGACUUUACUGUGCAAUUGCACAACUUCUUUUUAUGGACUCAAAAAACUGUUUUCAUAUAUGGAAUGGUUUCCUGUUAACUGAUAAGGGAUGGAUUUAUCUGAGCUUAAGUGCUUUUUUCUCAGGGUGUAAAGUAAAUCUAUAAUUCAUUUUGAGCUCAGUAUAAUCUAUUUGUUCCAUUUUCUCAAGCAUCACAUUCCUGAUAUGAUUUGCGGACCAAUUGAGCCACAAUACAAACCUUUUUUUCAGUUCUUUUACUAAUUCUAAUAAUAUAUUCACAUAUCCACUACCGGCUUUUGGUGCAUUAAACAGGUCAUUUUUAGGAUGGACUGAUUAUACUAAUAGUUGGAACUUUUUGUCAUUAGAUCAAUAAAUACGGACCCCAAUAUGUCCCUGCACCAGAACCUAUAGGGUGUUAAAUGUCCCUUUGCCAGCUGCAGAUAAACGUGUUUCUGUGCCAUUCCCAAUUCAAG